GAAUCUGAAGAUGGUAAGAUUUGUUUUGUGAAGAUCCAUGCCCCGUGGGAGGUUCUGAUCACGUAUGCAGAAGUGCUGAACAUUAAAGUUCCCAUCAAGGAAAAUGACAUUCCCUCAACGGUGGAGAACCCCCUGGACUGCAUGCUUGCACCGCUCAGGCUUCCCGAGAAGGUGAUGCACCCUGAACCGGAUUAUUUCACGGCCCCAUUCAGCAAGGAGAAGCAGGAGCUGUACCUCAUUAAUGACGAGAGCACUUUCUUCUCGCCAUCCAUGAGAAACAGAAUAGUUAAUUAUAUUCUUACACGUUGCCCGUAUGGAACAGAAGAAGGGAAGAAAAAAUUUGGGAUUAAGAGACUGCUAAAUAAUGGUACCUAUUCAGCUGCAUAUCCUCUUCAUGAUUGCCAGUACUGGAAAAAGGCAAAUGAUCCAAACUGUGACAAUGAGAGAUACACGCUGUACAUGGAGUGGGCCCGUUUCUUGCGGUUCUACAAAGAACAGCCUUUGGACCUCAUCAGGAAGUACUAUGGUGAGAAGAUUGGAAUCUAUUUUGCCUGGCUGGGAUUUUACACUGAGAUGUUAUUCCUUGCAGCAGUUGUUGGCUUAAUCUGUUUUCUUUACGGCUUGUUUACAAUGGAUGAAAAUAUGAGCAGCAAAGAAAUCUGUGACCCUGCAAUUGGGGGAGAGAUCAUCAUGUGCCCUCUUUGUGACCGAGAGUGUGAGUACUGGAGACUAAACACCACCUGUGUGUCCUCAGAGUAUUCCCAUUUGUUUGACAACGUGGCAACUCUCUUUUUUGCCAUUUUCAUGGGCAUAUGGGUUACACUUUUCUUGGAGUUUUGGAAGAGGCGGCAAGCUGGACUGAAAUAUGAGUGGGAUUUGGUUGAUUUUGAAGAGGAACAGCAACAACUCCAGCUGAGGCCUGAGUACGAAGCAAAAUGUACCCAAAAGAAGAAGAAUCCUGUAACUCAGGAGAUGGAGCCUUACUUGCCUAUAACUAGCCAGGCUAUGCGGUUCUGCAUCUCAGGAGCUACAGUGUUGUUCUGGGUGUCUCUGAUUAUAGCUAGCAUGAUAGCUGUGAUCGUAUAUCGUCUUGCGGUGUAUGCUGCCUUUGCCAGCCUGAUGGAGAACACUCAAACUUUACAGCCCAUCAGUGGAUUACUGACCCCUCAGCUGGCAACUUCAGUCACAGCCUCAUGCCUGAAUUUUGUCAUCAUCAUGAUACUGAAUUUCUUAUAUGAGAGAAUAGCCAUCUGGAUUACUGAUAUGGAGAUUCCUAGAACUCAUAUGGAGUAUGAGAACAGGCUCACUAUGAAAAUGUUUCUGUUCCAGUUUGUCAACUACUAUUCAUCCUGCUUCUACGUGGCCUUCUUCAAAGGGAAGUUUGUUGGUUACCCAGGUGCCUACACAUACAUGUUUAAUCGCUGGCGAAAUGAAGAGUGCGAUCCUGCGGGCUGUUUGAUAGAAUUGACGACACAGCUCACCAUAGUCAUGGCUGGCAAACAGAUCUGGGGAAAUAUCCAAGAGGCCAUUGUACCCUGGAUUUGUAACUGGUGGGGUCGCCGGAAAGCCAGAAAUAAUCCAGAAAAUUUGUACAGUCGCUGGGAGCAAGACCAUGAUCUGCAGACAUUUGGAGCCUUAGGCCUAUUCUAUGAAUAUCUAGAAAUGGUCAUUCAGUUUGGAUUCAUUACUCUGUUCGUGGCGUCCUUUCCCCUGGCUCCCCUUCUUGCUCUGAUGAAUAAUAUCCUGGAGAUUCGAGUAGACUCCUGGAAAUUAACCACUCAGUACAGGAGACCUGUGGCUGCGAAAGCACAUAGCAUAGGAGUUUGGCAAGAAAUCCUGAACGGGAUGGCCAUCUUGUCUGUUGUCACUAAUGCUUUUAUUGUUGCAUUCACAUCAGAUAUGAUUCCUCGUUUAGUUUAUUACUAUGCUUAUUCUGAAAAUGAAGACUCGCCUAUGUCUGGAUACAUAAACAAUAGUUUGUCAGUGUUUCAAAUCUCAGAUUUUCCUGACAGAAACAAGCCUAAACUGAAUCCAGAAAACUUUGUCAUAUGCAGGUACAGAGACUAUCGAUAUCCUCCAGAUCAUGAGCGGAGAUAUUUACACACUAUGCAGUUUUGGCACAUUCUUGCUGCAAAACUGGCCUUUAUAAUUAUUAUGGAGCAUGUUGUAUUCAUCGUCAAAUUCUUUGUAGCAUGGAUGAUUCCUGAUGUCCCUGCAGACGUGAAAGCCAAAAUAAAACGUGAAAAGUAUUUAACACAGAAAAUCCUACAUGAGUAUGAACUUGAAAAACUGAAGGAGAGACUGUGCCAAGGUGAUAAACGAGCCACAGAAAAGGAGUUCAUCGCCACAGAAGGGAGAAUGGAGUUAUCCAGAGCAAUGUAGUUGAAAAAACAACUGGUUGGGAUUUAGCUCGUUUUAGCUUCUUUUAAUCUGUGAUUCGCUCAGUAUGCAUCAUCUUGAAAGCUAUAGGACAGUUUCAACCCUUUGCUUUCGCUCC